GGUGGUGCUGGCUGCUACUGGUAUUAGCCAAGGAGGGUUUCUCCCACAGAGAGAAAGGGAGGGAGGCAGAGAGACUAGAGAGAUAGGCGGAGGGCGGAGAGAGAAGUGGGAGAGAAGAUGAAAUUCUGAAAGCUAAUAGAACACUGAAGAGAGAGUGAGAUAGUGAGAGAGAGAGAGAGACUUGCGAAGUUCGAAAUUGAAGAUAAGAGUUAGUCCUUAUCUUUAAUUCUUUAGCCUUCUGACUUCUGACUUCAUCCGAUCCGUUUCCAUGGAUCCUUUCGAUUUGUUUCGGAAAGGUUUUGGUUGAGGCUACAAAAAGUUGAGCUUUUCCCUAUAGAAUUUUUUCAAAUACAUGUGAGCGUUCUAUUUCGUGUUAGCAAAUAAUGUAUGUGUCCAAGAAAGGAACGAAAACCUUUGAGGCAAAACAAAACAUUGGAAGCAAGGUGACAGCUUUGAAUCCAAAUGCUGCUGAGUUCAUUCCCUUCUCCCUCAGAGCAUCUCCAGUUGGAAGUAGCAGUGUGCCAGACUUGACAGCAAGAUUUUCUACUUCUGGGACAUUGGGGAAAGCUGUUCUAGAUCGGACUGAGUCGUCUGUAUCAAAUAAUUCUGAUGAUGAGGCCCGCCAGUUCUGGAGGCAUCAGCUCCCUGAUGAUAUCACACCUGAUUUCAAGUCAAUGGGAGAAGAUGAGAACCUAUCUCUUGGAAAUAUUUCAAUGGCAGGCCUGUCCCUGCAUGAUGACAGUGAAACCUCUUUAUUCGCUGCUAAUAUUGGCAGUGAAUAUUUGUUGAAUGAUCAGCAGGAUUCAAAUCUAAAUCACUUUAAUGGGAGUCAAUUUGCUGAUAAGUUUAGAUUUUCUUCCGCUUAUGGAGAAGAUCCAUCUUCAGCCAGUCUUUUCCAAAUUUCAAAUAAACCUUGGCAGAAGCCAGUUCUCAAUAGCAAUCAACCUGUUAGCGACGAGCAGCACCUUCCUUAUCACAACAAUUCCGGGAGGGGAUUAGCCAUGGAUGUAUUGGGCAAGCAAACAACAAUGGAUGAAAGUGAUAUUCUGAACCCUGUUGAGUUUCUGGCUUUACAGUUCCCUGGUUUUGCUGCUGAAAGCCUCGCAGAAGUUUACUUUGCUAAUGGCGGUGACUUAAACCUGACGGUUGAGAUGCUCUGUCAAUUAGAGCUUCAAGUUGAUGGUGAGAUAAGUCAAAGCCUGAAUUCCAAGACAGUGUCUGCCCCCAAUCUUAGUGCAGUGGACUUUCCUGCGCUUACAGUGUCAGGUAAUCAAAACGGUCAUCCAAAAUUUGAUGGGGCUGAUCUCCAACAAAGUAGCAACUCUUAUCUCUCUUCUGAUAAGGAUGGAAUGCUUUUCUUCAAAUCCAGCACCGCCCCAUCUAGAGGUGCUGCAGAUUUUGCUUCCACUGUCAGGAAAUUGGCAUCUCAGGAUUCUGGUAUGUGGAAGUACAAUGGAAAUGGUUCUGCUGAUGAUUCUAUUGGCUCAAGUAGAAGCUCUCAUACUUUAGCUAGCAAGUAUACUACUGGUGGUCAUGGGAAAGACACCUAUAGUGAGAGGUUGCUACACCGAGGUUCAGCUCGGGCUGCUCCUGUUUGGCUUGAAACUGGCGAAGCAGUUGGAAACAUGUAUACUGAGCAGCGGGAGGAAGCACGUGAUCAUGCACGGCUGCGAAAUGCAUAUUUUGAACAGGCACGACAAGCGUACCUCAUCGGUAACAAGGCUUUAGCGAAGGAACUAAGUAUGAAGGGACAAUUACAUAAUAUGCAAAUGAAGGCAGCUCAUGGAAGGGCCCAAGAAUCUAUUUAUCGGCAGAGGAAUCAAAUAGGUGCAGACAGUCCAGGAAAUGGAAGAGGACACGAACGCAUGAUCGACUUGCACGGAUUGCACGUUAGCGAAGCGAUUCAUGUCUUGAAGCACGAGCUGAGUGUGCUGAGGGGUACUGCCAGGGCCUCCGGACAACGUCUGCAGGUUUAUAUUUGUGUUGGAACAGGACACCACACCCGGGGCUCCCGCACUCCUGCUAGACUUCCGGUAGCUGUACAGAGAUAUUUGAUCGAAGAGGAAGGCCUCGACUUCAGCAAGCCUCAACCAGGGUUGCUCAGAGUUGUGAUUUAUUAAACCAUGGAGGGAAAGAGCUCAGUGAAGUGCAGUAGUUUUUUUUUUCUUUUUGACAAAAAAAAAAAAAAAAAAAAAGCCAUGAAAUCAUACUUGUGAUAGUCAUCAUGUUGUUGUAUCGCAAAUGGUCAGGGUGGGGAAAAG